CAUCAGCUGGGUGUCUCUCGCCCGGCUUUGGGCUCCUGUCUCCUCUCUCUCUCCCUCCCUGUGAAGCGAACAGGGGGGAGAAGAUCUUUAAAAAAAAAAAAGCCAGGAACGGUGACAGUGACAGCGGCUGCGGCUCCGGCGCCUGUGCGCGAUCCUCCUUCUCAGUCACCGCCGACACUCGCACCGAUGCGCGCGCUCACCCAUCUCCACCAGACACCACCGCAUCACACCACUGCGUCUGCAGUCUGAAAUUUACCUCCCCCUUUUUUAUUGUUGUAGUUGUUGAGCAUCCGACAUACGACCAACCAUCGAGACGCAAACACUUUCAUUUCAACCCUUCAUCUGAAUGACGGGCGGACGGUUCGACUUCGACGAUGGCGGCACUUUCUGCGGUGGAUGGGAGGACGGAAAAGCCCACGGACACGGCAUCUGCACCGGCCCCAAGGGCCAGGGCGAAUACUCCGGGUCCUGGUCCAACGGGUUUGAGGUAGUCGGGGUGUACACCUGGCCCAGUGGAAAUACAUACAAUGGUUACUGGGCGCAGGGGAAACGGCACGGGCUCGGCAUGGAGUCCAAGGGGAGGUGGCUGUACCGCGGGGAGUGGAGUCACGGAUUUAAGGGUCGGUAUGGGGUUCGCCAGAGUCUCAAUACACCUGCCAGGUAUGAAGGCACAUGGAGCAAUGGACUGCAAGAUGGAUAUGGGGUCGAGACAUACGGAGAUGGGGGUACGUACCAGGGCCAGUGGAUGGGCGGCAUGCGACACGGCUAUGGCGUACGUCAGAGCGUGCCUUACGGCAUGGCCACUGUCAUCCGCUCCCCGCUGCGUACCUCACUGGCCUCCCUCCGCAGCGAGCAGAGUAACGGCUCCGUACUUCACGACCACAUGUCCGACAGCCCCGCUGGCACCCGGGGCGGCUUUGUCCUGAACUUCCACAGCGACAGCGAAGUGGGCUCCAGCAAAAAAAAGGGCCUUUUCAGACGGGGUUCGCUGUUCGGGAGCCUCAAGCAGCUGAGGAAGUCAGACUCCCGUUCUUCCAUAUCCAGCAAGCGCAGUUCAGCACGAAGUGACGCCACCAUGAGCCGCAUCAGCUCUAGCGACGCAAACUCCACCAUUAGUUUUGGGGAUGGAGAAGUGGCCGACGAGUACAUGCCGGCUGAGGACAAUGUCGAUGCCACCACCACCGAGUCGUACAUGGGCGAGUGGAAGAAUGACAAGCGGAAUGGUUUCGGUGUCAGCGAGCGCUCCAAUGGGAUGAAAUACGAAGGCGAGUGGAUAAACAACAAACGCCACGGCUACGGGUGCACGAUAUUCCCUGAUGGGACGAAAGAAGAGGGGAAGUACAAAAAUAACGUUUUGGUGCGUGGCAUCAAGAAGCAGCUUAUUCCCCUCAAGAACACCAAAACGAAGCAAAAAGUGGACCGUGCCGUUGAAGGAGCCAUAAGAGCGUCUGCCAUUGCCCGAACAAAAGUAGAAAUUGCCACCUCAAGAACCGCACACGCCAGGGCCAAAGCAGAGGCAGCUGACCAGGCGGCCCUGUCUGCCAGCCAGGACUCUGAUAUCGCCAGAGCAGUGGCCAGAGAACUGUCCCCCAGCUUCUAUCAACCAGUUAACAGAAGUGCCCCAAAAGCCAUUAAAGAAAACAAGCCCCCUGCUGCCGAAAGCCUGGCAGCAGGUGUCACCAAGGCUACUUCCAGGAUAUCAGACAAACAGGAAGUAAAACAGGAGGUAGUACCCGUAGCCAAACCCUCCAAGCCGCCGGCGCUGGUCGCCAAUGCCUCCAGCCCUGGGAACGGUGAGCUGCACACCCAGUAUCACGGAUACUAUGUGAAGGCGGAGGUGAUGAUGCACCCUGAUGAUCCGGAGGACGAAGAACACCAUGGAACGUCAGCUGCUCAUACCCGGAUGCCCCCACCUGCAAAGCAGCACCGCGCACCGACCCCCAAACCAGUAAUGGCCAAAGAGAGCAAACCCGAACCCAAACUGAAGAAACAGGAAUCAUUGAAGCCAAAGAGCCUAGCAGAAACUAAGAAAGCCAGCAUGGAAAUGACUACUGACAUUGUUGAGGAGGAGUCAGGUCCCAACUCAAUAUUGGUCAUACUAGUGAUGCUGAUAAAUAUUGGACUGGCAAUUAUUUUUGUCCAUUUCCUCACUUGACGGAACAUUAAACUCAGAGGUUUUGUCAGACUGCGAGAGUAUGUGAAAGGGAAGGAGGAGGGAAGAGAAGAGCAUCAGAAUGGAUGAUGGCUUGUCAUUUGACGAGAGAUUAAUCUUCAAAUGUAGAACAGACUUAUUUUUAAAGAAUUUUUAUUUUUUAUUUUUUGGUGGUAGGGGAAACUUCUUUGAUUUACUCUUAUUGGCUAUGUAAAUGGCUGUUUUUCUGUUUUGUUUUGUUUUCUGUUUCUGUUUAUAUUCCAUCCUGACCAUAUUAGAUAUAAUUAAAAGUUCCUCAUGAAACUUUUUUGUCAUUUUGUUUCUAAGCAUCUCUAUACCAAGAAAUGUUACAAUUGGCACUGAAUUUUUCUAACAAAAAAAAAACAGCUAGUAUUUAAGAUGUUUUAAUGUAAAACAGCAUUUGAUUUAACUCUUUCAUGCUGUUUCCCUAUCAAAGCUGUCAAGAAGUUUUAAGCUAAAAAGUUGCAGUAAAUCUUGUAUUAAAGCAAAAAAAAAAGAAGGGUAAAAAUGACCUGCAACAGCAUGGAAGGGUUAAAUACGCCAUUUAAAAUGGCUUUAAUCUUUCAUUGUAAUCUUCACAUUUUUUAAUUGGUUUGAAUGUAUUGUUUUCAUUUUAAAGGUUGAACAUGGAAAAAUGUUGAUGAAUGUUUUGAUAUGAACUGUCCCACACACCUUAAUGAUAU